AUGCAAGAUGAAAUUUCGGACUUGUACAUUUCUCUGAUCAGUGACUUGAAAAUAGUGUUACCUGCUAAAACUAAAGAAGUAACACCUCCCACCCAACCAUCUCUGCGACUGCCCAAAUUUGAGUUGCCCAAAUUCAGCGGUAACUACGAAGAAUGGGUUAGCUACUACAAUAUUUUUGAGGCUUCUAUUAAUAGGAAUGAAACUUUGGCCCCUGUGAUUCAGGUGUUUUCCAAAGAUGGUCAGCAAACUGUACUCCGUGCUGUGCUCGACUCUGCAUCUCAACUUACAUUGAUAUCUGAAAGAGCUGUUCAGCUCAUCAGUGCCUCCCAUACUCGAGCACAUGAUGAAAUCCAAGGAAUUUCUGGCUCACUAAUCCAUUCUAGAGGAAUAGUGCACAUUGAUAUAUCUGCAGUUAAUGGUCAACGCUUAGCCUACCAUCAUCCAUGCUUGGUUUUGAAUCGUAUCACUUCACCACUGCCUCAGGUCCCAGUCUCACCUCAAGUGAAGGGAUCUUUAAAUGAUUUUGUUCUUGCAGACCCCUGUUUUGACAAACCUGGAGAAAUUGAUCUAUUGAUCGGAGCUGAUUUAUUCGCUCUCUCACUGACUGGUGAGCAGCACUUCUUAGGCCAUAACCUGCCCCAAGUUUUAGGAACUAUAUUCGGAUUUGUUGUAAUGGGCAUAGCUCCUGUUGCUACAUCUGAGUUAUCAAUCCCAAAAACUGUUUCUUUUCUCACUACACAUGAUGGAGACCUUCACAGUUCACUUCAAAGGUUUUGGUCAAUCGAAGAACCCCCGACAUGUGUCAAGACUCAGUCAGAAGAAGAUGUUCUCUGCUUACAGCAUUUUGAAAGAACCCAUACACGUGAUAACUCUGGUCGAUAUGUUGUUAAGUUACCGAAAAGACCAAAUCAUCCACUAUUAGGUGAAUCUUGUAGUACAGCUCAACUUAGACUUAAAGUGAUGGAAAGAAAAUUUGCUGCUCAGCCCGAAUUCAAAGAUUUAUACUCCGAAUUUAUGGAUGACUACAUCAAAUCAGGUCACAUGAGUGCAUGUGAGCAACCCAUUUCUGGUGAAUGUUACUAUCUACCCCAUCAUGGAGUAUUUAAGGAGAAUCCCCCUAAUUCCAAAAUACGAGUCGUAUUUGAUGGUAGUUCCAAAACAAACAAUGGCGUCUCCCUAAACGAUAUCCUCAUGCCUGGCCCUAAGUUGCAGAAUUAUAUUAGUGAUGUCUUGCUGUACUUUAGGUGUCACAAGUUUGUGUUCACUUGUGAUAUACGACAGAUGUAUCGCCAGAUUCUGGUGGCUGAAGAUGACAAGAAAUAUCAGUUAAUCUUUUGGCGAUCCAACCCUGAUGAAUCCCUUCAAGUCUUAAAGCUAAAUACCGUCACCUACGGUCUCAACUGUUCCCCGUUCAUUGCGAUCAGAACAUUACAACAAUUGGUCAAAGAUGAGGGUCACUCAUACCCCAAGGCGUCUGAGAUUCUAACUAAAUCAAUAUUUUAUGACGACAUCAUCGCUGGAGCAGAAAGUCUUGAUGAAGCUUUGUCUGCACAGAAUGAACUCAAGAACUUGCUCUCUAGAGGAGGUUUUGAAGGGAUCAUCUCAUAA